GCCUGUACCGGACCGCAGGCUGGAGGCAAGGCGGCUGCGCUCAGCCCGAGGGCAGUGGCUGCAUGCUUGGGGCAUUGGAUUUGGAGAUGAUUCAGUACGAACACUGGGGACCACGCUUACCACCUCCAUGCUCCCAUCUCCUCGCCAUGGAGAAGUCUUCAUGAACAUGGGGAGUGACCCCCAAAAUCCAAUUCUGUGCAAUAGAUGCUCUGCUUCUCAGGGGAGCACAGGCCAGCUUGCCUUGACAGAGCAUUCAUUGUUCCACCAGGGAAAAAUAAACUAAAUCUGGCUCAGAUGGGGCAGAAAUUCCUCCUCCCGAUGAUGGAUGAGAUGUGCAGAUCCCAGAAGCCCACAGCCUUGGGUGCCGAUGUGCUGGGGAGCAGUGGUGGGGAGAGCCAUAGAUCGGCCUAAAGGAGGUGGGGACCCGGUGUGGUGUCCCUGAGCAGCAGUUGGACGUCCUUGAGCUGAGCAUGCCCGAGCCAGCGCCGCACAGCACGGAGAAGAAGCGUGCAGAGAAGGUGGGAGCGAAGGGCAGUGCCGCGGUGCCCGCAGUCCCCAAGAGCCUCCCCGUGAAGGCAAAGGUGGAGCCCCACAGCCUGGACCCCGCAGAGGAGCCACUCAUCUGGGAAGGGCUCACCCUCAACAAGUGCAUCCUGGUGGCCUCCAUUGUCGCCCUGCUCAGCGUCAGCUUCCAGGUGCUCCAAGCGCCACCAUGCCCCAGGGAUGGUGUCAGCAGUGGCAAACAAGAGCCCCCAGCAGCUCCCAUCCACGAGGUCGUCAUUCCCAAGGAGGAGGUCCUAGAGGUGGUGGCUCCCCAGCCUGUCCCGCCUGAGAGCAGCAUGCCGGAGGAUGAUGAUGGUGACGAUGAUGGUGACGAUGAUGAUGAAGCGGACAGCAACCUGGGAUGGAGAGGGCGCGAGGUGUGUGACACCGCUGUCCCCCAGGCCGAGCCCUGGAUCUUCAAGAAGUGGUUUGGCCGCUCGGAGCCGGGGCACAAGGAGGAAGAGCCUGGAGAAGAGGGGGAAGAGCCCACGGAGAAACCUGAGGAGCCAACAGCCAAAGUGGAGCUGAGGAAGGGCCAGGAGAAACCACGGAGCCCAGAGAAGAAAGAGGAGAAGGUCCGAGGUCCAGAAAAGGAGGAGAAAACUCGAGGCCCAGAGAAGAAGGGGGAGAGAAAGGAGAAGGAGGAAGAGAAGAAGGAGGAGAAGGAAGAAAAGAAAGAAAAGAAGGAGGAGAAGGAAGAGAAGAAAGAAAAGAAGGAGGAGAAGAAGGAAGAGAAGAAAGAAGAGAAGGAGGAAGAGAAGGAGGAGGAGGAGGAGGAGGAGGAGGAAGAGAAGGAGGAAAAGGAAGAGGAGAAGGAAGAGAAGAAGGACGAGAGACCCCGUGGCCCAAAGAAGGAGGAGAGGCCCAAAGAGGGCCGUGCAGCCCCAGCAGAGAGGAGUGGCCGUCGGGAGCCACGUCCCAAGGACAGGACCCCCGAGGAGAAACCCCCCAGAGCCCCCCGGGCGCACAGGGAGCCCGAGCAGCAGCAACACAAGAAGAGACGCCGUGAGGGGAAGGAGAGCCGGCGGGAGAGGGAUGAGCACCGCAGGGAUGGCAGCAAAGGCCGAGUGGGCAGAGCUGAGCGGCAGGAGAGCGGCCGGAGGAACUGGGGGCUGCCACGGGGUGAGCAGCGGGGCCGGAGGGCCAGGGAGCCAACGGGGAGGGACAGGGCACGAGAGGGCCGGCGGCAUGACUGAAGGCUGUGAGGGACCGACUGGGCCUGGCCCCACAGACACACGGCCACCAUCUGUCUGCUGGACCCCUCUGCUGCCACCAUGCCUUCAGCCUUUGUCCCCGUGCCCAGAGAGUGGCUGCGAGCAAAGUGGGGACAUUGGGGUCCUGCUGUACCCAUGGGACAUUGGGACCUGCUGUGUAAAUGGGGACACUGAGAUCCUGCUCUGCUGAUGGGGACAAUGGGAUCUGCUGUGCCCAUGGGGACAUAGGCACACUGCUGUGCUGAUGGGGACACUGGGAUCUUGCUGUGCCUAUUGGGACAUUGGGGUCCUGCUCUGAUGGUGAGGUUCAUCUGUGCCCAUGAGAGACUGAGUCCUGCUGUUCCCAUGGUGACACUGAGUUCUGCUUUGCCAACGGGGAUGUUGGAGUCUUGCCAUGUCUGUGGGGACAUUGGCCACCCAGCCCAGCAUGAGCAUCUGUGGGGACUCUAGGACUCCCCAGGAUGAAGGCAGCCCAUAGGGAGCAUGGAAAUGAGCUCUGCUCCCCCUGGACUUUGUGCCACCCUCCAUCCCCGGCUGCAGCAGCAGCUCGUUGUCUCCUGUGCUAACACCUAAGGAGCAAGGAUGCUCUCCUGGGAAACAGAGGGGUCUGCAGCCCUGGUAGCUCUUGAAUUCAGUGAAUGGUUUUAUUGAAAAACAAAUCAAAGAGAGAAGUGUGUUCUGGGUGAAGGAAGCCAAGCUGCACUCGGAGCAUGGACACAUGGCCUCAAUGCAGGAAGCCCAAAGCUUCAGAACCAGAGCUCAGGUCCUGCCCCGCAGAGCUGCUUUGAAGGAGAAACCACAUGGGCAGUACCACACAGCGCUGCAGCAACUGCAGGAGACCCCGACUGCAGCGGGUUUGAGUAUUCACUAAACCAAUAGUGGUUAAAACAAACUGAUGUUCAUUUUUAAGAAGGUAUUAAAUGUCUUAAAAUACAUAUAUAUAUAUAUAUAUAUA